AAGUGUAAAAUUGAAAAACAAGCACAAAGAGGGAGAGAGAGGGGCAAGGAGAUCUGCGAGAACCCAAAGAUUUUCACACACAGCUCUCCUCCUCUCCGACCAGAUCGGGCACUAGCGUUUUAAACCUCGCAAUAUUUUCUUUCUUGUUUUGGAAAUUUCAAAUAAUAUUGCCCGACCGUUGAUCACUUCGAAUUUUGUACGAUUUCCGAAAUUGAUUGAUCUAUAGGGUUUGUUUCUUAGGGUUUUGAUGAGAGAGAUGGUGGUGGGGAUGAGAAUUGUGGGUUAAUUGUAUGCGACUUUUCGGCGUUUUCGUGGGCUUUUGGGUCUGAAUGGCUUCGGCUCAGGUGCUGCGGAAACAGGAGCAUUUGGAAGCUGGAAAGCGCCGGUUGGAGGAGUUCCGUAAGAAAAAAGCAGCAGAACAAGUGAAGAAGGCUGCAUCUGUCAGCCAAAAUCAUACUUCUGACAUUAGACCCCAUCAGAAACAGCCUUUAGAAACUGAACCUGUACGACGUACAGAUUCAGAUGGAGCUGGCACAUCUGAUGAACCUGGCAAAGCUGUUAUGGGACCCUCAGCUGCAGUAACUGCCAAUGAAAACAAAGCAAUCGGUUUUCCCUUUAAAAGUGAACAAGAUUCUUUAAAUGACACACUUGCUAGUCCUCCGUUGUCAGUGAAAUAUUCUAAUGCACAUUAUGCAGAUAGUGCACAGACAGAUGCAGGUGAUAAAAAGUUUAAGACAUAUGGUGCUUCAGGAUUUGCUAGAUCAAUGGAUGUUAACCAUAGCCAUGAGACUGAAGGGCUGAAUAAUGAUGUGGGAAUAUAUACUGGAGUGCAAGGUAAACUUCCAUUCGAGACUGCAACUGAUCAGUCUAGGUUUUUUGGAAGGGAUGGAUCCCAGUCAACAGAAAAUAGAAGUUCUUUGAUGCAAUCUAAUGUUACAAAUCCUGGUUAUUCUCAUGAUUCUACUGCAAAAGCCUCACCUCAGAAUUCUGUUGGAACUCUACGACAAGCUAACCCCAGUAAUGCCAGCAUGCUGAUCAGUGCCCAUACAUCCUCCUCAUUUUAUGAAGACUCUAUUCAAGCUACCUCUAAUGCAAGAGGGUCUGCUCAUGAAACUGGGCAACACAUGAAUGGUAUCUCCCACAUCGGUGAUUCUAUGGUUUCUGAUUAUGAGGAAAGAAAACUUAGUAGCUAUGCCAGCAGUUUGCCUAGUGUCAACAAUGCAGCUCCACUAACAUUUGAAGCCACAGGUUUUAGUUCUGAUGUCAGAAGUUCCUCCAAUCAUAUACCACUAUUUUCAGGCACAACUGAAACUAAUUCCUGGAGAUCUCGUCCAUCUUUUCUUGAUUCUCUUAAUGUGCCUAGAGAUUUUUCAGGGACUCUCUUUCAACAUACUGAUCCUGAGAAGGGCUCAUUUAUGUCCAAUAGUUCAAAUACGAACAACAUGGAUCUUUUUGGAUCAUCUGCUUUUAAGAAGCCAUCAGUGGAGAGUGAAAGCAUGGGGACUUUUCCGAAGCUGAAAACUCCUAAUGGGCCUAGUGUAUUUGAUCAAUCCAGGAAUUCUUCAGUUUAUUCUGGCAGUGGGGAAGACCCGGUGAGAUGGAGUAUUAAUGAGAAUAACUUGGAUAUAAAACAAGAGUUUUAUUCAGCUAAACAAAAUGAAGAUUUUGCUGCUUUGGAACAGCAUAUUGAAGAUUUGACACAAGAAAAAUUCUCUUUGCAACGAGCUCUUGAGGCUUCGCAAGCUUUAGCGGAGUCCUUAGCUUCUGAGAAUUCAUCUGCGACUGAUAGUUACAAUCAACAGAGAAGUGUUGUCAACCAACUCAAAUCUGACAUGGAAAAGUUACAGGAGGAAAUCAAGGCCCAGCUGGUGGAACUUGAGUCUGUCAAGAUUGAAUAUUCAAAUGCGCAGCUAGAAUGUAAUGCAGCUGAUGAGCGUGCCAAGUUACUAGCUGCGGAAGUCAUCGGUUUAGAGGAGAAGGCACUCAGACUAAGAUCUAGUGAGCUAAAGCUGGAGAGGCAAUUGGAGAAAUCACAAGCUGAAAUAUCUUCAUACAGAAAGAAAAUGUCUAGCUUAGAGAAAGAGCGUCAGGAUUUGCAGUCAACUAUUGAUGCUCUUCAAGAAGAGAAGAAGCUGUUGCAGUCUAAGCUGCGGAAAGCUUCCACAAGCAACACUUCUCUUAAUAAGAGAGAUACAUCUACAUCUACAGAAGAUUUAGAGCCUUCCAUCCAUGAAACACAUCAAACAGCAUCUUCUCUUGGAAGUGAUGCCUCCAGUGUUUCCUUGCUGCCUGAAAAUGGCCAAUCAACUCUUGAAGUUUCAUCUGUGAAUAUUCCUUCUGAUCAGAUGAGAAUGAUUCAGAAUAUUAAUGCAAUAAUUUCUGAGUUAGCAUUGGAGAAAGAAGAGUUGAUGCAAGCUUUGGUAUCUGAGUCAUCUCAUUGUUCCAAGCUGAAGGAGUUGAACAAGGAUUUGUCCCAUAAACUUGAAUCUCAAACUCAAAGACUAGAGCUUUUGACUGCUCAAAGUAUGGCCAAUGAGAGUAUUCAAGCUAGACAACCUGAUUCUCAUACUAUGCAGGAGAAUACCCCGUAUGCAGAUGAGGGCGAUGAGGUGGUGGAAAGGGUCUUAGGAUGGAUCAUGAAGCUCUUUCCUGGAGGGCCAUCAAGACGAAGAACCAGCAAGCUGCUGUAAUAUGCAAGUCAGAAAAGCUGUUGGCAAAGGUCUACUUUGAGAUCUGUUUUUGUCAUCCCUCACCAGCAGAUCAUCCCUUGUUUUGGCGAUACAACAGAGGUCGUAAUCUGUAUAUUUUGAGUCAAUUAUACAGCCAUUCUUUAUAAACGGAAAUGAGUAAUGUUUUGAGAGGUCUUCCCAUUGAUUGGUAAAUUCAAUUUGUCAUUUAUUUGACCGAUGACAAUAAAUGAUGUCCCUUGUUGCUAUCAAAGUUUAAUUGGACAUUUGUUGGAUAAGAGACGAAUGUAAGAGGUUGUAGUUGUAACGUGCCUCUCAGGUUUUGCAGUUCUUUAUUGCCUAUAUCAUCUUUUGUAUUUGAUUAUAACAGUUCGGGGCUCAAGCCCAUAAAGUGAAACAAAUAGUUUUUGGCA